AUGUCUUGCAACCCCACUAAUGACGGCUUUUCAUUCACUCCUGAUGGUGGAAUAUCCACAGGGCUGUCUAGUUCUUCGGUGAUCACUCCGUCGCAAUGCUUUACAAGCACUGAGACCUUGUACGACGCGAUUGUCGUCGGAGCUGGGUGGACAGGAGUAACCACCGUGCGGGACUUAACCUCACGCGGCUUUAAGGUGUUGCUCUUAGAGGCACGUGAUCGCAUCGGCGGACGAACCUGGACCUCUGUCAUCGACGGCCAUCCAUUUGAGUUGGGCGGCACAUACGUCCAUUGGGGUCAAUCUCACGUCUGGACUGAGAUUACACGAUACAACCUGCAAGACUAUGUGACAGACGUCUUCGACAACUCUGAUGACACUACCUCUGGACUUAAUGACUCCGACCUCGCGGAAGCUCUCACCAAGUUUUUCAACGUUGACGGGUACAAUGGUGCUAAGGUUAUACCGUUCCCGCACAAUCCUGCGAUUGGGGAUGCCACCCACCUUAAAUAUGACUCGAUGUCUCUAGACGAUCGAUUGCAGGAGAUUCGCGGCGACCUUGACCCCAGCAUCAUCACUCCUCUGGUAGUGAUGCUCCUGUGUAACGGCGGUGAUUUGGAAACCAAGAGCUUUUUUGAAUUUUUGCAACGAUGGGCACUCUGUGGGUAUAACGCCAAGGGAUAUGUGGAUUACCACAUACGGUACAAGUUGAAAAUCGGGCAGUCAGAUUUCCUGAAGCAUUUAUGGAAGCACGCCUUGCAGACCGGCAAUCUUUCCUACAGAUUUUCAUCCCCAGUUAAUUCGGUCGACACUACCAACGCCAACGAUACGACGAUUACAACGACUGAUGGGACGAUUUACCACGCACGAAAGGUCAUUGUGACAGUUCCAUUGGCUGUGUUGAAACAGAUUUCAUUCUUGCCAACUUUGCCGCACCUGAAAGCAGAGGCAUAUGCUCAAGCGACUGGGAAUAUUGCGGCUAAAGUUAUCGCUGUAGCGACUGGAACUGACUGGGUCGGCCGUAGUGUAUUCGCCGACAACGACGGCUUCACGUUCACGAUGACUGGUGAAUCAGUCGCCGCGUGGGGGAACGAUACGGUCUUGGUCGCCUUUCACUCUGCGUCCCCGAAACCAACCAACUUCGAGUUGAUCAAGCACCCCCGCGAGUGUCUCAUCGUCAACCCUGACGGAUCUCAACACGUCAUGCAGCUGCAGUGGCCCCCAUUCCAAAACCUGCCCGCGGACCUGGUUUUAUCGAUUGUCGACGCCAUUUUCAACGAGUACGCGGAAGACAUUGAUCUCGGGUAUGAUGAAGACGAGUUCUAUUGUGAGGAAUGGGAGAUUGACGAGUUCGUUCGAUUCCAAGUGUGGAAAGACGUCGCCAAUCUAGCCCGCGCCUGCAAGGGCUUCUAUGCCCUUAUUACCCCCGUACUCUAUCUCAGAGAUCUCCAAUGGAACCACGCCUCGGCCCUGUUGCUUUCAGCCAAGAAUGGCAGCGUCGCGGGGGUCUUGAAGUCCUUGGAAUGCGGCGCAGAUGUGGACCAGCAGGAUCACACUACACUUUACGAGUAUAGUGAGGAGGUUGAUCAGGAUUACAACGACGACACAGGCUAUUGGACAAGAUGGUACGAGUCUGGUCGAAUGGGCGUGGACAUUUUCGUCACGGCGUUACAUUGGGCUGCAAUUUAUCGUCAUCCGCAAGUCGUGGAGACACUUCUGCAUCGAGGCGCCGAUGUCAAUCUCGAGAUGGAUUUCGGGAAUCGACAGUCUGAUGAACCACCUUAUGAACAUUUUGAUCGAAGUUUGUUCAUCUGUCGCUCUCUUUCAGAGCACGUGGCCACACCCGGGACCGUAUUUCGGGGCAGUAUUCCCCGAGGUCAGGACAUGCUUUUGGAAUACGAAUUGGGCAGUCUUUUGAGUAAAGGCGGGAACGCUCUUUACUGCGCCUUGCUCAACUCGAAACGCUACCCAUUCCCCAACGAGGACUACAGCAGGUCUUGCUUGCCGAACGCCAAGCUCCUCGUCGACGCAGGAUCUUCUCUCAUCACGUACUCCACCAUAGGCCUCCACGCACUACACCAGGCCUGCGGAAACUGGAGCUUUGAAGCAGCGGACUUCCUUCUGACCCUGGAUAGAGUCGGGAUAGACCCCAACCAGCCCUCGCGCGGCUACUGUUGCAUCACGGCGCCGACAUUAACGCCGUAA